CCACCUACAGGUCUACCAGCCAAUAUUAGCCAUGGUGGGGCAGUAUACACACGAUGGGGCAGAACUAGUUGUUCAACACAUUCAAAACUUUUGUACAAAGGGAUAUCUGCUGGAACCUACUACAGUCAAACUGGAGGAGGCAGUAAUUACCUGUGUUUGCCGCAGACACCAGAGUGGGGGAAAUACCAAGAUGGAGGGCAAGGUACUGGUUCUUACAUACAUGGUGUGGAAUAUGAAAGGAUUUACUCAAACAUAUUUUCAACAACCCAUACAGGAGUUCAAAAUUUUCAACAACAUGAUGCCCCCUGUGCUGUAUGCUACACCCAAACACGCCCCAGUCAUGUGAUGAUACCAGCCAAGAAGACAUGUCCAGCUGGGUGGACAACAGAGUACAAUGGAUACCUGAUAUCAGAUCUUGAUGUCCACCACAGAACAGAGUUUGUCUGUCUUGAUGAAGCUCCUGAGGUGGUAGCUGGAGGCCAUGAGGGCAAAAAUGGGGCCUUGUUCUACACUGCUGAGGUUAAAUGUGGUACCCUCCCCUGUCCACCAUAUGUGGAUGGAAGAGAACUAGCAUGUGUUGUCUGCUCUAAAUAGUGACCAUAACAUAUAGACCGAGUUGAGUUGGUUCUUCAAAAACUUUUUAAGUGACCAUACAAACUGCCCAUGUUAAAUUUAAAGUGGUAUUUCCAAGAAAUAUGUUGAUAAGUAAUUAUUAAAAUAUACUUUUCCGUUUAAUAUGUGACUUAUAUCCAGUACUUCACAAUAAUAGAUAUCUAUAAACUUAAAUUGAUUUUAACAGCAGAUGAGUUAAUACGGCAAAUUGUUUCAACAAAUGACAGUAAUAUUAUCCUUUACCUCUGACAAUGAAUGCCUGUAUAACAACUAACAUGGUUUAUCCUUUUGUUUAUUGUUCAAUCGACAAUAAAAUAAAAUAAAUUUAGUGUAAAAAGAAAAAGGUUACAUGUACAUCUGAUCUUUUCUUUAAUAUGUCAAAUUAACUAACACUUAUCACUGAUUAUUUGUAAUUUAUGAAGAAAAUACCUUUAGGCUGACUUCUUUAAAGUCACUAAAUUAAAUGUUAGAGAUACAAGUAGCAUUAAUAUUCAACUUAAAGAGCACUAAAUGCAUUUACUUCAAAAGGCAAAAGAGAAAACAUUCAAAUAAUUAAAUAUGACAAGUUUUUUUACCAACGUCCAAUUGAAAAGACUAAAUUAAUAAAGUUAAAUAUUAAAAAGUCCAUACAGCCAUGUUUUCAACUGAUAUAAUAUAAAACUAAGCUAAGCAUCUAUCAAAUGUUUUUAUAGGUAACAUUCUUUUUAAGUAAUGCAGACAAAUAAAAAAUAAUACUGAGCUGAAAAAAAAAAACAUACAGUUUAAAUUUCUGAAACAAAUAUUAUCACUCUAUAUAAAUAAACUGAUCUAGCUUAUAAAUCUAGGUCUCAAAUGUUGAAAACAUCCCUGUUAACUAUUCCUUUCCCACUUGAAUUCAAAUCUGUAAAAAAAUUCAGUUUUUUUUCUUCAUAUCAUUGCAUAAAAUCUAAACAACAGAAUAAAUAAGUUUUCAGUAUUAUACCAAAAAUAUUUCAACAAUAAUAAAUAACAUUAUCAGAAGAAAUAAGAUUGUCAAAAGAAUUUUCCAUUCUACCAUGAUUAUAUGCACACACACAAACAUGUAUACAGGAACUCAGUCACACACACAUUCCUAGUGGUAUUGUACAAAAUAAUAACAGCAGGGGCGGAUCCAGAGCUAUUUUCUGACAGUCUUCCAAAUUAUCUUUGGUGAC